AUGCAUUUCUCCUCCAGUAUUCUAACGCUUUCGAUCAUUCUUGCGCCCGUUUACGCGGCAUGGCGUCACAUUGAUCCCGUCAAACGCGAGAUGGUAGUCAUCCCUCACGAUGAUGCUCACGUCCAGUUCAUCGGCGUCGAGUACCAGCUUGCUACGAUGAACCUCAGCAGUUUCUACAACUACCCCCAUACAGCAAAUCGCACAGAAUGGGAGGUCAUGCAUAAAUCGCUCGAAAAGGACGACACGAUCAAGGAGGCGGCCAAGGCAAACAUCUUCCGCGUUCCUUUUAAUUUCGACCAGCUCUUUAUUGAGGACUCAGACACUCCUGUCAACGAAACGGAGUUGGACAACCUGCAGUCGGUCGUGGACAAAAUCGUUGAAAAGAACACACACACACACACGACUGAAAAGGACCCGGUAGAAGUGGUCAAAGAGGCUAACAACAAGCCGGUUAGCAAACCCGGUCCCUCCCCAUAUGUGGUCAUUGUGCCCGAGGUAGUCGAGGGGAAGCGACGCCUCAGAGACGCCGAUAAAUUAUACCAGUUCUGGAGGACGAUAGCCAAGAGGUUCCUGGAUAAUAACCAUGUCGUCUUCGAUCUCGGUCUCCCGGCCACGCCCGACAAAGCGAUCGCGGCGGACAUGGCCCAGGAAGCAAUCAGAGCGAUCCGGAGAGCCGGGGCUCGGAGGCAGUACAUCUUCCUGCCCACAGACAUGAAGACUCUGAGCGAUCCGCUUCGUUUCAGGAUCCAGGAUCCCUCACAUCGGACACUCUACGAAGUCGACAUCAAUGUAAAGUGCGGGAAUCUUCAUACACCAUACAGGGGGCCCCAUCGGAGGGUCAAAAAGAAAAAGGAAAGGGCUCCGGCGCUGAUCAGACCUUUGAAUAAAUGGAUUGGGAAGACAAAGUUUCGGGCAAUUGUCAGGCGGGUGCAAACAAACCAAGACUGCCCAUUGGAGGUCGACAAGCUCUUCAAAAGAAUGAAGAAGAGGCCGGACUUCUGGGCCGGAUUCCUGUGGAUAGAAAACAGUAAGGAUAAAUAUGGUACCCCUAAAGCGAAGGACUAA